UGUUCUUUCAAUGACCUACUGUUUGUUGCAUCCAAUAAUGGGCAGCUCUGCUUGUUCCAGUGGGAGGGCAAGUCGAUCGCAACUUUCAAGCUGGGUGAUUCACUAUUCUAUCAGGAUGUGGAAUAUUCACGCGCCCGACGAAUAUCCGAUUCUGAUGCAUUUUGUCUAGCGUUGGAAUGGGCACCAACUCUUGGCGGUGUGCUAACCAUUCUCUCUUCCGGCGAGGUGGCUUUAUUGCAACCACAGCAAUUUGCCGAAUCUGAUUGGGUUCUCAAAGGCAUAUUGUCCGAGCGCGUUGAUCAACCUUGCUCUCUUUCCGUGAAUGACCGGUUUAGGACGGUGGCAAUCGGGAUGGCGAACACCGACGUCGCGUUAUAUCGAAUGGACGAAACCAGCGGGGUCAUCCUCGUCCAUCAGCAUAUCCGCAUCUCAAACCGGGAGUACCCAGAUGCUUCCACUUUGGUGGGUCCCGCAACACAUCUCUCCUGGUCACCAGAUGGAUAUUGCCUUGCCAUCGCUUGGAAGCACUGCGGUUGGGCUCUCUGUUCUGUGUUCGGGGCUUUGCUUCAUAGCAGCUUGGGGGAGCACAUUGGGCUGACGAAUCGUGUCCGGCUUUCCCACUUGGUGUGGUCAGCCGGUGGCUGUCAGCUGUUGUCGUUUCUCUCCUUCUUGGACCCGAAGAAAACACCGCCCCAUUGCGACAGAGCAGCUUUGACUUACAAAACGACCGAUGGUGAGUGUGACUCACCAUUGUUCGAAGACGGGGUCAAGGACAAUGACCUUGAUGCACAUCUAGUCAUGUUUCGCGUGGUGCGAUCGGCUCUUACCACCAACCCGACGCUAGACAACCACCGUCACGUGCUACUGCAAACGGUUGAUCGAAUCAUAUACUCCAGUCGUUCACAGUUAACGCUUUCUCGGAAUCCGCAAACAAUACAUUUGCCCCUUGUGUACCUUCGGCAAAACUAUCCUCCGCAAUACGUGGCCGCAAAUGCCGAGGGAGAUCGUAUCGCUGUAGCUGGAAAACGCGGAUUCACUCAUUACUGCUGUACCACAGGUCGAUGGUACGUCUUCGGCAAUGAAGUGCAGGAACGAUCUAUUCACGUCAGUGGCGGGAUGGCUUGGUGGAAUCGGUUCCUGUGCUGCUGUUGCCUGGUACUUGACAAAGGAAUCUUUGAGUUCCGAAUGUACCCUGCGGAGAAGAGACUGGACGAUCAAUUUGCUUCUGUGUACCGGUUCACCGAACAAGCGGAACCAUUGUUGCUCGAUUGUCUGAACAAUCUGGUGACCGUACUGGCCUCGAAUGGGCGUGUGCAAAUUCUGCUCAUUUCCGCUCCGGAUUCUGAGAACCGAAAACCGCCUCUACUCAUCAGCCUGUUGCAAACAAUCGUUUUGACCAACCUUAUCCCGUUUCCAACUUGUGUGGUUCGCCUUUGCCUUUGCUCUGUCGCGGCAAACCUCCCUCGCCCCACGAGUACAUCACACCCACAGCGGCCCAAAACCGAUGAUAAGUACUCACCUGAUCUCAUGCAAUUUUCAACCGAUGCAUUGGAUUCUACACCGGCUCAGGGGGAGUUGGCAGAUCCUUGUAUGGCUGCCCGCUUCACGCCACCUCGCAGCCUGCUGAUUAAUUAUGCGGGCCAUGUGUUCAUCUUGCAACCCAACAAAACUCCUGAUGAGGCAGCGGACAAGGACGAUCCACAUAAGCGACGUCCUUUGAUUCUCACGCCUUUUUUAAUCGCUACUCACGUGGAACUGGUCUGGACAACAGCUUCCGUCUCUGUCCAAGCUUCGCUUCCCCAUCCACUCCAUGGUCUUGGCACUACUACCUCAAAUGAACUAUCAUUGGCCCCCUAUUUGAACACUUCCUUGUGGCUGUAUUGCGGUUCGGCUGGCCUGUUUGUGUGGUUACCGCUGCCAAAAUUGCACCCUUCCUCACCCGGGGAAUGGGAUCACGAACUUCCCAUUCAUAAUUCUGGCUUUCCCGCCUCUCCUUCCUCGUGCUCGCCUAAGUGGCGGCGUCAUGGGUGCACACAUCUCAUUCCUGGCUACGUGUCGCGCCGAAUCAUGCUUUCAAUUGAGCUGGAAGAGCAUGUUCACCCGUUGGCCAUUCUCUUCCAUCAGGCCAUUCUGAUAGGGAUCAUGAACGAUUUUCACAGACCGUUGCGUAUCACCGCAAAGCGCUUGGAACACAUAUCCGCGGACGAUUUCUACGCCAUCCUGCCGCACGGCGUUCUGGUGAUGGAGACGCAUGCCUUCCUGCACCGCCUAAUUCAACAACUACUGUGUAAAAACCUCGGAGCUCAUGCGCUACAGUUGUGUUCUGCUUACCAGAAUGUUCCUCACUUUCGGCGUCUCCUUGAAUGGUUGCUUCACGAGGUGUUGGAGACGGAAGCAACGUCAAAAUAUCCCAUUCCUGACCCUCUCCUUCCCCAAGUGGUCGCGUUCAUUCAGGAGUUCCCGUACUUUCUCGAAACAGUCGCCCAAUGCGCUCGCAAAACGGAGGUAGCGCGAUGGCCACACCUGUUCACCGCGGUGGGUCGGCGUCCGAAAGACUUGUUCGAUCUGUGUCUAGAUGAGAAUAAUCUACACGCCGCCACCGCUUAUUUGAUCAUACUACAGUCGUCUGAGUCGGCCGCAUUGAGUCAACGGUGCACACUGCGUUUUCUCGACAUUGCGAUUGACAUGUCUGAAUGGGACCUAAUUCGCGAUCUGAUCCGUUUCCUCAAUGCCAUCGAUCCUUGCGAGCUGAAAUGUAUGAGCUUAGCAUCUCCGGGUCCAAAUACCUCCACCUUAACCCAAUGCGCAGAUGCGGAUUCCAACACAAUGAAGCAAUCGUUUGUGAUACCGGAUGAUGUGUCUGGCACGGAGAAGGCCAGAGCGACAAGAAAUCCAGUUGAGGCUCCGACCGCCAGCGUAGAAGUUGCUCCUGCUCGAGUCUCCAGGAUAUCGUCGACUCGUGCGGAUAGUGAAUGCGAUCACUCAUUUGUUGGUCCGACGCUGUCUGAUCACAUCUGGCAGCUAGUAACUCACAAGGCGACUCAGUAUUUCGCUCAAGGUAGACUGAAAGAAAUGGCUGAAUUGGCGGCCAACUUUCCAACAUUAUGUGAUACACAGGCAUCGCAGCAUCGUGACCGUUUGGCUAAUUGGAUUGCACACCAGAAACCCGAGACACAUUUUAUACCAGACUGGCCUGAGAGUCUCACACAAUUGCACCAAAGCUUCGCAUUCUCGCUACCUCCACAUUCCGACUCGCCGGUCACCCAACUUGAACCUCCGCCAGGCACCAAUCCACGGGAGCAAAACAUCGCCGUCUGCGAAUCUGAGCUCGGUGAUACAAGACCUUCAUCAGAUCACCACGACCUCGUUUUGCGUCAACUUCGCUUCCUACUUAGUCAGCUGCUGCAAGCUGGAAGCUUCGAAUGGGCUUGUCUCGUCGCCCUCAUGCUUCAAGAUCACAACGGACUGUUCCAUUCGGUCACGCUAGCCGUAGAUGCGGCCACCAAGUUCACCUUAUCCCGUCUGAAAGAUCGACAUGGCGGAGUCGCAUCGUCUGUCGAUGUUAGGUCUACCACACGGCUGUGGCACCGCGUGGCCGGGACACCUACGACUUCGUCCUCACACACAUCCACCGAAGCCGUCCUCAGUCCCCUAUUUGGUGAUCCACUUAGUCGGGUGUUCGCUGGGUUGAGGCAGUUGAGUCUGUGGGCUACGGAAAACUGCCCAUCCUAUCAGCACUUUCUGGAGUCGCUGCAACCCGAAUUGGAUCAAGUUGUCGAACAAGCGAGCUCGUUUUUUGGACAGUGUGCUUCUGGUUCUUUGCCUGAUGGACCUCAAGUAAUUGGUGACAUUGCCGCGACCAAUUACGAGCACAUCCCUUACGGAUUUCUAAACCGAAAUGACGAUCAUUUGCGCACCACGAAACCUCCUCUGCAGGAUGCCGAUGACCUUCCUUUGCACUCGGAAGAACACAUAGAUCUUGCAGCGGUGACUCCUCAACCUUCAGAGACAGAUGCAUCGGAGACUAUUUGUUCUUCGGAGACCAGUCGAAGCACCACCAUAGAAGGACCAUAUUUUUAUGAUGGUGCUCGGGAUGACUAUCAGUUCGACGCUUCUACACACCCACGGGACUCAGGGGCCUACGAGAUAUCGGUGGGUCCUAUCCUACACAUUGAUGCAUCAAAUACCAAGGAUGGUUUUGUACCGGCAGUCUGUGUUCCUACGGCCAUUUUCGAUGGAGUGGACCCUUUGAACUCUUAUGAUCUUCUUGUCGAUGGGACGGAGGAGAUGCCUUUCUCAACAUCCCACCAUACAGCAAUAUCUACCGAGAAUGGGUCUUGUAGAGUGCUGUAAAUUUCUCACUUUUUUUCUUCUGUGGAACGUAUCAGUUAUCUCUGGCAAUCAAACACUCUCUCUUCCUCUUUAGUCGUAUGUUUUUUUUGCGAUUUGUGUAAGUGGCUUUCCAGAAAGACUGACCAGUAGUUUGUAAAAAUCGAUUUGGCCUUUUAUUUAUUUGCAAAUAUCACUGAUUUCCGCUGCUUCAUCAUUCAAACAGAUACGGAUAACAUAUGGGAGGUGACAAUGCACGACAGCAAGUAAUUUCUCGAUUUUAUUAUCUCUGUCUUACUUCAACUGACAGGAGCCUCUUCGUCUCCAUGUCUUCAUACUGGAUUCCAAAUUCUUCAUGUUUUUAUACCUUGGGACUUGAAAAAUGCGGCAACCAGGCUGUUGCCACGAAUGACACUGCCUUCUGAGACAUCCAUGCGACAACCUUGUGUUCCUCUUAGACUAUAUUUGAUGAACUUGCCACUGAAGCAUUG